AUGGAUCCAGUGGAUUCUGCUGGUAGUGAUGAUAAUGAUAUUGUUUCUGAUGGGAUCAAACUUGAAAUUUCUGAUAAAGACCACGAAGAAACUGACGCAGAGACAGUGAGGCCUGAUGACGAACGAAGUUGGUUGAAAGAACUAGUAUCUGAAGACGAACUCAACAAGCUAAAUGAUGAUGAUAAACUAGCUUCUGAUGAUGAACUAGCUUGUGAUAUUGAGUUAGCUUCUGAUGAUAAGCUAGAAUCUGUUGAUAGACUAGAAUCUGUUGAUGAACUAGCUUCUGAUGAUAAAUUAGACUUUGUUGACUCUGUUGAUGAACUAGCUUCUGAUAGUGAGCUAGCUUCUGUUGAGAGACUAGCUUCUGAUGAUGAGCUAGAAUCUGGAGAUGAGCUAGAGUCAGAUGAUGAAAUAGCUUCAGAUGAUGAGCUAGCACCUGAUGAUGAACUGGCUUCUGAUGAUAAACUAGCUUCUGUUGAGAGACUAGCUUCUGAUGAUGAGCUAGAAUCUGGAGAUGAGCUAGAGUUAGAUGAUGAAAUAGCUUCUGAUGAUGAGCUAGCACCUGAUGAUGAACUGGCUUCUGAUGAUAAACUAGCUUCUGAUGAUGAACUAGCUUCUGAUGAUGAACUAGCUUCUGAUGAUGAACUAAAAUCAGAAGAUGAACUAGCGUCAGGUAAUGAACUAGAUUCAGACGAUGAGUUAGAGUCAGAUAAUAAACUUGAACUAGCUACUGAUUCUGUGCUAGACUCUGAUGAUGAAAUAGCCUCUGAUGAUGAACUAAAUUCUGACGAUGAGCUAGAGUCAGGUAAUGAACCAGAUUCAGAUGAUAAACUAGCUUCAGAUGAUGAGCUAGCUUUUGAUGACGAGCUAGCUUCUGAUGAUGAACUAAAUUCUGAUGAUGAUCUAGCUUCUGAUGAGAGCCAAGAAUUUAAAGACGAACUUGAACUAGCUUCUGAUGAUAAACUAGCUUCUGCUGAUGAGCUGGAAUCUGAAGAUAAACUAGAGUCAGAUGAGAAGCUCGGAUCUAAAGAUGAACUAGCUUCUGAUAAUGAGCUAAAUUCUGAUGAUGGUUUAGCUUCUGAUGAUGAACUAGCUUCUGAUGAUGAGCUAGCUUCUGAUGAUGAACUAAAAUCAGAAGAUGAACUAGAGUCAGGUAAUGAACUAGAUUCAGAUGAUGAGUUAGAGUCAGAUGAUAAACUGGAACUAGCUCCUGAUUCUGUGCUAGAUCCUGAUGAUGAAAUAGCUUCUGAUGAUGAACUAAAUUCUGAUGAUGAGCUAGCGUCUGAUGAUGAGCUAGCACCUGAUGAUGAACUGACUUCUGAUGAUAAACUAGCUUCUGAUGAUGAGCUAGCUUCUGAUGAUGAACUAAAAUCAGAAGAUGAGCUAGCGUCAGGUAAUGAACUAGAUUCAGACAAUGAUCUAGAGUCAGAUAAUAAACUUGAACUAGCUCCUGAUUCUGCGCUAGAUUCUGGUGAUAAGCUUGAGCUAGCUUCUGAUGAUAAAUCAGGAAAUGAACUUGAUUCAGAUGAUGAAUUAGCUUCUGAUGAUAAAGUAGAAUCUAAAGAUGAACUUGAACUAGCUUCUGGUGAUAAGCUAGAAUCUAAAGAUGAGCUAGCUUCUGAUGAUGAGCUAGCACCUGAUGAUGAACUGGCUUCUGAUCUAGCUCCUGAUGAUGAAAUAGCUUCUGAUGAUGAGCUAGCUUCUGAUGAUGAACUAAAAUCAGAAGAUGAACUAGAGUCAGGUAAUGAACUAGAUUCAGAUGAUGAGUUAGAGUCAGAUGAUAAACUGGAACUAGCUCCUGAUUCUGUGCUAGAUCCUGAUGAUGAAAUAGCUUCUGAUGAUGAGCUAAAUUCUGAUGAUGAGCUAGCGUCUGAUGAUGAACUAGCACCUGAUGAUGAACUGGCUUCUGAUGAUAAACUAGCUUCUGAUGAUGAGCUAGUUUCUGAUGAUAAACUAGGAUCUAAAGAUGAGCUAGAGUCUGACGAUGAAGUCGAGUCUAAAGAUGAGCUAGAGUCUGAUGAUAAAAUAGCUUCUGAUGAUGAACUAAAUCCUGAUGAUGAACUAGCUUCUGAUGAUGAACUAGAAUCUAAAGGUGAACUUGAACUAGCUUCUGAUGAUGAACUAUACUCUGAUGAUGAGCUAGAUUUUGACGAUGAACCAUAA